AUGAGAUUUGGAAAUUCAAAUUCUGUAAGGUUUAGAGAUGAUUUGGAAUCAAGCUUUCGGCCGGCAGUCAAUGGAGAUGGUGCAGUUAAGCUAAAAUACAAUAUUGAUGGAACACAAAUAUCAGAGUCUAGUAGGAAGAUGUCUCAGAUGGAGGUGCCUGGGAACACUGGAAAAUCAUUUAAAGCUAAAAUACUGUCCAGAGUUUUCUCUGAGGAUUAUGAGAGGGUGAAGAAGAAGAUAUUGGAUCCUCGAGGACCAUCAAUACGGAGAUGGACUAAGAUCUUUUUAGUAGCAUGCUUAGUUUCUUUGUUUGUUGAUCCUCUAUUCUUUUACUUGCCUGAAGUAUGGAAUGAAGUGUGCAUUGAUAUUGGAAUACCCCUCGAAGUAGCCCUUACAAUUGUUAGAUCAAUAGCUGAUGUCUUUUACAUGAUUCAAAUUUUCAUUCGUUUUCGUACUGCUUACGUUGCGCCUUCUUCCCGUGUUUUUGGGAGAGGAGAACUUGUUAUAGAUUCUAAAAAGAUUGCAUUAAGGUACCUACAGAAGAAUUUCUGGAUUGACCUUAUUGCUGCCUUGCCUCUUCCUCAGGUGUUAAUUUGGAUUGUUAUCCCCAAUCUUAGUGGUUCAACGAUGACAAACACUAAAAAUGUCCUUCGGUUCAUAAUCAUUUUUCAGUAUUUCCCACGACUUUUUCUGAUAUUUCCGCUCUCAUCGCAAAUUGUCAAGGCCACUGGUGUUGUAACAGAAACAGCUUGGGCAGGAGCUGCUUACAACCUGAUGCUUUACAUGCUGGCUAGCCAUGUUUUAGGAGCUUGCUGGUAUCUUCUAUCAAUCGAGCAACAGGAAGCAUGCUGGAGAAGUGUCUGUGAUCUGGAGAAGCCAUCUUGCGAAUAUGGAUUCUUCGAUUGCCAUAGGGUGCACGACACUCCUCAUAGGGACACUUGGUUCAAAUCAAGCAACAUCACAAACUUUUGCAAUCCACAGAAUAAUUACUAUCAGUUUGGCAUAUAUGGCGAUGCGUUGACGUUUGAUGUCACGACUGCAUCAUUCUUCAACAAGUACUUUUACUGUCUUUGGUGGGGCUUGAGGAACCUAAGCUCAUUGGGGCAAAAUCUUUCAACAAGCACUCAUGUGGGUGAAAUAACAUUUUCCAUCAUCAUUGCAACGCUUGGACUGGUUCUCUUCGCAUUGCUUAUUGGGAAUAUGCAAACAUACCUACAAUCAACAACAGUUCGGUUAGAAGAGUGGAGAAUCAAGAGAACUGAUAUUGAACAGUGGAUGCGUCACAGGCAGCUACCGCAAGAGUUAAGGCAGUCUGUUCGGAAAUACGAUCAGUAUAAGUGGGUGGCCACUAGGGGCGUUGAUGAAGAAGAUCUUCUCAAAGGCCUGCCUAUGGAUUUGCGAAGAGACAUCAAACGCCAUCUCUGCCUUGAUUUAGUUCGGAGAGUUCCAUUAUUUGAUCAAAUGGAUGAAAGGAUGCUAGAUGCAAUAUGCGAGAGGCUUAAACCUGCGUUGUGCACUGAAGGCACGUUUCUUGUGCGUGAAGGUGAUCCUGUCAAUGAGAUGCUCUUCAUAAUUCGAGGCAACCUUGAUUCCUACACCACUAAUGGUGGCCGAACUGGAUUUUUCAAUUCCUGCUGCAUUGGUCCAGGUGACUUUUGUGGUGAGGAACUGCUAACAUGGGCAUUAGACCCACGCCCAAGUGUCAUCCUCCCAUCAUCUACUCGCACAGUUAAAGCUAUUUUGGAAGUGGAGGCAUUUGCCCUCAGUGCAGAAGACUUGAAAUUUGUAGCAUCACAGUUUAGAAGACUUCACAGUAAGCAACUAAGACACAAGUUCCGGUUCUACUCACACCAUUGGAGAACAUGGGCUUCUUGUUUCAUACAAGCAGCAUGGCGCCGGUAUAAGAAACGGAAAGAAGCAACCGAACUCAGAGCUAGAGAAAACCCAACAGCUGCUGAUCCUGAAUCACUAUCAACAGCUGCAGGAAGGCUGGCCGCGAGCGCUAGAAGGGGUGUCAUUAAGCAUUCUGGUUCAAAUUCACGUGUCGUGAGCUCACUGCAAAAGCCGGACGAACCAGAUUUCUCAGUAGACGAGGAAUGA